AUGCUUUCUUCCAUCCUCGGUGGCGGCAAAGAACGCCUCUACAUAACUGUUAACCAUCGCUAUGACCAAGGAGGCUAUCACUGGGCCCUGGUUCUAUCUCCCAAGGACCGACCUAAUACCGAAGAGGACAAUUCCAACAAACCCGACUCCAGACGCUGGCAUCUCACAAACCAAGCUCGCGGUAGUGACGGUCGCAGGCAGCGGAUGGUCCAGGUCCCUUGGUUCCUGGAAAGAGACGAUGUUAGCAUGUUCGCCAGCAUAAGCCUGAUUGCCCGCAUCAUGAUUGGGAAGUUCAAGACGAGCGAGCACGAUGCCAUCGUUCAACGCAUUGAUGCUGCCGUCGAUCGGGUCCCGAUUGACCAUAGCAACCCUGACUUAAAUUGUGGGACGUGGCUCUUGCAGGUGGUGGAUGUGCUGAUUGCUGAGAAGUUGAUUGAGUUGAGCGUCCCAAACGUGGCGGCAUUGGAAAGCAGGGCGGUCGAGGAGGCGAACAGGGUGAUGGCGAGGAUCAUCGCGCGUGAGCUUACGAUCGACAAGAAGAGCGCGAUCCCCAUUAUCGAUAUGCGCGCCAGACAGGACUAG